AUGUCAAAGAGAGUCAAGUCUUCACGAUAUGAUUCUGAGGUGCAUUCAAGACAUUUGAAAAGACAGCUAGAGUCGUUAGAAAAAGAUAAUCAUCAAUCACUAAACGAUGUUGAAGGUUUAAUCAACAUUGCAUUAGCAGCACAAGAAGAUGAAAGUAAUAUAUCACAACGUAAAUCGAGAGCAAGAACUAGUAAUAUUUAUUCAACUAGGACAAAUUUGAAUGCACUAUUAGAAGAAACCCCUGUGACAACUUAUUGCUAUCAAACAUGUCAAGUAAAACCCUCAAUAUACCCAGCAAGGAAUUUUUGCUCGGUUUGCGGAUUCCCAAGCCAUUAUACUUGUUUGCGUUGUGGAAUGAAGUAUUGCUCAACUAAAUGCUUAACAACUCAUACAGAAACUCGAUGUUUAAAAUGGACAGCAUAA